CACACACUCAUUUAUUCAGAACAACGACUCUCAAAACGGCAAAGUGAUGGUUUGAGGCUUUGAGUCGAUAAGAAACAAUCAACAAGAAUGACUACUUUUCCAUUAAGAUCCAGCCUUAAUUUCCCAAGAUUUUCCAAUGUCACUAACCCAAUUCCAAAUUCUCCGUUUCUUAUUCCUAUCAAAACUAAAAGAUUAUCUCUGGAACAGCCAAUUCCUGCUUCCAUUUCUUCUGCGAACUCCAACUCCAAAAGAACCAGAUGCUUAGAAGUACUCAAACCCAGAUGCCAAAAACACUCAAAGAGCAAUCCUGUUCAGGUUUCCUCAAAUGGGUAUUCAAGGUUUGUUGCGUUUGGAGCUGUUUCUGUCGGAUUUGCGUUGCUGCUUAUGGCGAUUGAUGACCAGAAGGCCUUGGCUUUUGGCCCUGAAGGGCCAUUGGUGGAAGAGUUUUGGGAGAACGUGAGACGAUAUGGACUGUAUGCACUCACAGUAAGUACUGGUGCUAUCUACACUAUAGUUCAGCCUAUUUUUGAAUUGCUGAAGAACCCCAUCUCUGCAGUUCUGGUUUUGAUUAUCUUCGUGGGUGGUAUCUUCAUUGUUUCCCAAGUCCUUUCAGCUAUGGUUGGCAUCUCUAGUUUCUCUUAUGAAUAUGGAUAUUGAAUUUAAGCUUUUGGAGGAAAACA